AUGAAUAAUUUUUUGGAUGCUAUUUCUUCGUCUUCAUCAUCUGAUGAAGGCUCCGAUGAUGAUGAGCUGUUUGAGGAUCGCUUUCGUAUUAGUAGAAAUUUAUUUCUACGUAUAGCUAGAGAUUUGGAAGACAAUUAUGAGUUCUUCCAACUGAGAUGGGAUGCUAGGGGUAAACGUAGGUUUACUACGUUUCAAAAAUGCACAGCAACACUUAGACAAUUAGCGUAUGGCAUAGCCGCAGACGCUUCAGAUGAAUAUUUGAAGAUGUCUGCGAGGACCAGUCGAGAAUGCACAUAUUUUUUUUGUGAGUAUGUAAUAGAGCUUUAUGGUGACAUAUACUUGCGAAAUCCGACCAGAAAUGAUGUUGAACAGUUGUAUGCCGCACAUCAGGCUAAACAUGGAUUUCCAGGAAUGCUAGGUAGCAUUGAUUGUACACAUUGGGUGUGGGAAAAUUGUCCCAAUGCAUGGCGAGGGCAAUUCACACGAGGUGAUCAUGGUGUGCCUACUGUUAUACUAGAAGCAGUUGUUUCACAGGACCUCUGGUUUUGGCAUGCAUUUUUUGGUAUGGCAGGGUCAAACAACGACCUGAAUGUGCUUGGAGCAUCUCCAUUAUUUAAUGAUAUUUUGCAGGGUAAAGCACCAAACAUGCCAUACGUUAUUAAUGGACGUGAAUACAAUCAUGGAUAUUACCUUGCUGAUGGGAUAUAUCCAGAGUACGCAACAUUUGUCAAGCCAUACAUAUAUCCAGCUGAUGAAAAAAUGAAAUUGUUCAAAUUAGCACAGGAAUCUGCAAGGAAGGAUGUAGAGCGGGCGUUUGGGGUCCUCAAACAGAAGUGA